GAAAAUGACAUAAAUACAAGUCCGUCAAGACCCCCAGCACAUGGACAUGAUAGAGAUAUAAGGCCUUUUUAUGCCACCUCUGCUGCCCAUUGGAACCGGGAUCAUAAGAUCACUCCCUCUCAUUUCUUCUUCUUCUUCUUCUUAUUAUUAUUAUUAUUAUUUGGUUAUCAGUAUUUUACUUAGAAGCGAUCAUACGCAACGCAACUCUCUCUUGUGGCGGUACAGGGUUGCUGAUGAGCGGGCGAGCAGUUUGACUAGGCCAAUCGCCACAACCAAACCAUCGAUAUCUUCACCACCCUCACCCUGACUGCAGCAGCAGAGCAGAGAAAUAAGCACAUCUGGUUGGAGAAUUAGCUUGCUUUUCUCCAAGCUCCAAGCUCCAAGCUCCAAGCUCCAAGCUCCAAGCUUCGACCUCCAACUCAACAUGGAAACCAAUCAUGGACAUAGACAUGGACAUGGGGAUGAUGGUGAUAUAGAGAACGUGGAGGUCCUUCGAGGGAAGGAAACUGGGGGGCACGGGGACUCGUUGGAGGUAUUUGACAAGAACAACUCCUUCUACGGUCGCAGUCAACCUCUUCUGGUCAAGAGGACCAACACCACUUCCCAGAUUGCCAUUGUCGGAGCCAACAGCUGCCCAAUUGAGAGCCUUGACUAUGAGAUCGUUGAAAAUGAACUAUUUAAGCAGGAUUGGAGGUCAAGGACAAAAGUCCAGAUAUUUCAGUACGUUGUCCUCAAAUGGGCAUUGGCACUUCUCAUAGGGCUUGGUACUGGAUUGGUUGGCUUCUUCAAUAAUAUUGCAGUCGAGAAUAUAGCUGGUUUCAAACUGCUUUUGACGACGGGUUUCAUGGUUGAGGAAAAAUACUACAAGGCUUUUGCGGCAUAUGCUAUUUGCAACGUAAGUUUAGCGGCUGCUGCAGCAGCUCUUUGUGCUUUCUUUGCUCCAGCAGCAGCAGGUUCUGGAAUUCCUGAGGUCAAAGCCUAUCUCAAUGGCAUUGAUGCUCAUUCAAUACUGGCUCCAAGUACCCUCUUUGUCAAGAUUUUUGGUUCAGUUCUAGGUGUUUCUGCAGGAUUUGUGGUGGGUAAGGAAGGGCCUAUGGUACAUACAGGUGCAUGCAUAGCCUCUUUGCUUGGGCAGGGUGGUUCUCGCAAAUACCAUUUGACUUGGACAUGGCUGAAAUAUUUCAAAAAUGACCGAGAUCGACGGGACUUGAUCACUUGUGGUGCUGCUGCUGGUGUAGCUGCAGCUUUUCGUGCCCCAGUUGGUGGAGUUCUCUUUGCCCUUGAGGAGGCAGCUUCUUGGUGGCGGAGUGCUCUUCUUUGGAGGACAUUUUUCACAACAGCAGUGGUUGCCAUGGUAUUGAGAGCUUUCAUACAAUUUUGCGCUACAGGAAAAUGUGGGCUAUUUGGGGAAGGAGGCCUGAUUAUGUAUGAUGUGAGUUCAGCUAAAACAGCAUACAGUGGCCCAGAUAUACUGGCAGUAAUCUUCCUAGGAGUUAUUGGAGGAAUUUUUGGGAGCCUUUAUAACUAUCUUGUGGACAAGGUUAUUCGAACUUACAGCAUUAUCAAUGAAAAAGGUGCUGCUUCGAAAAUCUUACUUGCUAUCACCGUUGCCCUCUUGACAUCAUGCUGUUCUUAUGGGUUGCCAUGGUUUGCAAAGUGCAUCCCCUGCCCGGCAGAUGAGUCUAGUUGCCCUACUGUUGAUGGGUCUGGCAACUACAAAAGCUUCCAGUGUCCACCGGGCUAUUACAAUGACCUUGCAUCCCUCUUUUUAAACACCAACGAUGAUGCCAUUCGCAACCUAUUUAGUACCAGUACAGAAAAGGAAUUCCACAUCUCCUCUCUCUUUAUUUUCUUUGCAUCUGUUUACUGCCUUGGUAUUAUUACCUAUGGCAUUGCCAUUCCCUCUGGGCUGUUUAUCCCUGUGAUACUAGCUGGGGCUUGCUAUGGGCGUCUUGUUGGAAGAUUGUUUCAGCCUAUCUCUAGUCUGGACACCGGUCUCUUUUCCUUACUUGGGGCAGCCUCCUUCCUUGGUGGCACCAUGAGAAUGACAGUCUCUCUGUGUGUUAUACUGCUGGAACUCACCAAUGACUUGUUGUUGCUUCCUCUGGUGAUGCUGGUUCUCCUUAUCUCCAAAACUGUUGCAGAUAACUUCAACAAGGGUGUGUAUGACCAGAUUGUCAAAAUUAAGGGAUUACCAUUCAUGGAGGCCCAUGCAGAGCCCUACAUGAGGCAUUUGGGUGCAGGGGACGUUGUUGCUGGGCCAUUGAUAAGCUUUUGUGGGGUUGAGAAGGUGGGGAAUAUAUUGCAUGCAUUGAAGAGUACAGGGCACAAUGCAUUCCCUGUGAUUGAUGAACCACCUUUCUCCGAUGCUCCAGAGCUUUGUGGUCUUGUUCUGAGGUCUCAUCUGCUUGUUUUACUAAAGGGGAAGGUGUUUCAGAGGGAGAGGAUUAUUUCAGGAGGAGAAGAGAUAUUUAGAAGAUUCAGUGCUUUUGAUUUUGCCAAGGCAGGGUCUGGAAAAGGAAUCAAACUGGAGGAUGUUGAGUUUGAUAUUGAAGAGGAGGAGAUGGAGAUGUACAUUGAUCUACAUCCUAUUACUAACACAUCCCCCUACACAGUGGUUGAGACUAUGUCACUGGCCAAAGCUGCAAUUCUCUUUCGCCAACUUGGUCUCAGGCACAUGUGCGUCGUCCCAAAGAGCCAAGGGAGGCCUCCAAUUGUUGGAAUUUUGACACGCCACGACUUCAUGCCAGAGCACAUUUUGGGACUCUACCCUCAUAUCAAUCCCCACAAGUAAACCAAUAAAGUGCUGGAAAAUAAUAUACCUUUAGCUUGUUAUGUUUCUGGCUGUGAGUGACCUAAUUUAAAUUGGGUGUUUCAUUUGCACGUUUUCUGACAAAUGAAUUACUUGUCACAAGAAAUCAUUUCUCAAGGCGAAGAUUCCUCCUCUUGCACGCGGAGAAUUGCACUUUGCAGACAAAAACCAUUUUUUUCGUAGCAGCACAAUGCAAAUGGUAGUUUCCUUUUCAAAUACUACUCUGCACAAACAGAGAAAACAAAACCGGCCUAUAUCACACACUACUCAGCUUAGCCAUGCAGAAUGCAAAAGUUUCAUUAUCUGUCUUUUGUAUGCCUAUGUCUAUGUCCUUAUGUACAUGAUUCUUUCUGUGACUAUAUCUACAUAGCAAAUGUGGUGGUGAUGAUUGGUGAACAAAAAUAAAAAGCAGUCUGUAUUUUGAUUUGAA